CUGCGAAGACAGAGAUGGCUGCCACGCUGCAGCGCAUCGAGCGGCUGUCAGGUCGCGUGGUGCGCGUGCUGGGCUGUAACCCGGGUCCCAUGACCCUGCAAGGCACCAACACCUACCUGGUGGGGACCGGCCCCAGGAGAAUCCUUAUUGACACUGGAGAGCCAGCAAUUCCAGAAUAUAUCAGCUGUUUAAAGCAAGCCCUAACCGAAUUUAACACAGCAAUCCAGGAAAUCAUAGUGACUCAUUGGCACAGGGAUCACACCGGAGGCAUAGGAGAUAUUUGUAAAAGCAUCGGUAAUGGCACUACAUAUUGCAUUAAAAAAUUUCCACGUAAUCCUCACCAAGAAGAAACUAUAGGAGAUGGAGAGCAACAGUAUGUUUAUCUGAAAGAUGGAGAUGUGCUUGAGACUGAGGGAGCCACUCUAAGAGUUACAUACACACCUGGCCACACCGAUGAUCAUAUGGCUCUUCUUUUAGCAGAGGAAAAUGCUCUCUUUUCUGGGGAUUGCAUCCUAGGGGAAGGAACAACUGUAUUUGAAGACCUCUAUGAUUAUAUGAACUCCUUAAAGCAGUUAUUGAAAAUUAAAGCUGAUAUUAUAUAUCCAGGACAUGGCCCAGUAAUCCAUAAUGCUGAAGCUAAAAUUCUACAAUACAUUUCUCACAGAAAUAUCCGAGAACAGCAAAUUCUUGAAUUAUUUCAUGGGAACUUUGAAAAAUCAUUUACAGUAAUGGAGGUUGUAAAAAUUAUUUACAAGGAUACUCCUGAGCAUUUACAUAAAGUGGCUAAACAUAAUCUCUUGCUUCACUUGAUAAAAUUAGAAAAAGAAGGAAAAAUAUUUAGCACCAUGGAUUCUGAGAAAAAAUGGAAAGCUAAUCUUUAAUUCCAGAUUCAUGAAAGCUUUGUUUUGGUUAUUUUUUAAGAGAAUGGCAUGUUUUCGUAACUAUGGACUAUGUAUAGGAAAUACAGAGUAUAACAUUGAAAAUAACCUUAGAUAUACUUUAAAAUAUACUUACGCUAACAUAUGUAAAUUACAUUGUACAUCUAUAAUACAGAUUGUUUAUCUAAUAACAUUAUCAUAACAUUUUACCCAAAAUUCAGAAUUCAAAGUUUAUUAAUUUCUAUU